CUUCCGUUCACAAGCGGAACCGCGGCUGUGUGGAACUUCAGUUGCACCGCGACCAGCUAUCUUGCGUGUUGUUUGAAGCGAGUGAACGUAACCAGCGGGUUAAUAAACGAUUAACGUUUAAACCCAUCAACUCUCCUUGUUGUCGUGAGGUUCGCUUCUCUGUGAAGAAGACUGCUCGAAGCUGAGAUGAAUCAAUUUGAACAUCUGAAAGAUGACGACCCAGAGGAUCAGGAUGAGACGGUCUGUAACCGGGAGGAAGACUGCUCCAUCAACAACAAUCGACGCAAGACAGUGAGUCCUGCAGUAGGGGAACAUCCUCUCCAGUAUAACUAUACCUUGUGGUAUUCUCGGAGGACUCCGUCCCGGCCCGCCAACACACAGAGUUAUGAACAGAACAUCAGACAGAUCGGCACGGUCGCAUCGGUGGAGCAGUUCUGGAAGUUCUACAGUCACCUGGUGCGACCGGGAGAUCUGACUGGCCACUCUGACUUCCACCUGUUUAAAGAGGGAAUCAAACCCAUGUGGGAGGAUGAAGCUAAUAAGAACGGAGGGAAGUGGAUCAUCAGGCUGCGGAAAGGUCUGGCCAGCAGGUUCUGGGAGAACAUUAUUCUGGCCAUGUUGGGAGAACAGUUCAUGGUGGGAGAGGAGAUCUGUGGGGUGGUGGUCUCUAUUCGCUUCCAGGAAGACAUCUUGUCUAUAUGGAAUAAGACGGCCAGCGAUCAGGUGACGACAUCUAGAAUCCGAGACACUCUUCGACGCGUUCUGAACCUCCCUCCCAACACCAUCAUGGAGUACAAGACACACAACGACAGCCUCAAGGAUAAUUCCAGCUUCCGCAACACAAAGAUCACCCUGUGAAGAGAUGGAGGAUGGAGAGAAAGCAAGAGGAGGAGGGAGAAGGAAGAGUGGAGGGAGGGAGAGACUGGAGUGGAGGGAGGGAGGGAGAGACUGGAGUGGAGGGAGGGAGGGAGGGAGAGACUGGAGUGGAGGGAGGGAGGGAGGGAGAGAGAGACUGGAGUGGAGGGAGGGAGGGAGAGAGAGACUGGAGUGGAGGGAGGGAGGGAGAGAGAGACUGGAGUGGAGGGAGGGAGGGAGAGACUGGAGUGGAGGGAGGGAAGGAGAGACUGGAGUGGAGGGAGAGAACGUUUUCUCCCUCCCUCCUCUCCCAUCUCUGCCUCUCUCACUCAGAGAUGUUUCACUGUGGAGAUGGAGUAGUGUGUUUUUGCAGCUUGUCCCUGAGUUACAACAGGCCAGUGUGGGACCGACUGUGUGUUCUUCCAUGACAAUACAGAAAUAAAAGUGUCUUUGGUAUCCUG